UCGAGCGUCGAGCUGCGUGAUCUGCACCCCUGCAAUUAUGCACGCUUCGUACCGGACGGGAUUCUCGGUAAACGCCGCAAAGCUGGCGCAGGCACGGAGCUCCAGCCCCGCCGCGACUUGUUAGCGUGCGUGUUUGGAGCAAGAGGCGGGCUUCGUCUUGUUUAUCAAGAGGGGAAAAAAAAAAAAAAUGACUCGACAUGGCUGUGGCUCUGACUCAACGAACGCGGCUCUGCGAGCGACCCCCUGGAAACCGUAGCCAGCUGAGGGAGUGAGGCGCCAGCCAUCUGAAUGAAAGUCAUAAGUGGGGUUGGGUGGCCAUGGACCCAUUCAGCCAGCUUAUCCUCACCAUCUCGGUGACCAGUUUCCUCACCUUCCAGUGGCUCUUCCACAAAGUCAGCCCCUGGAUGUCCAUGCACAUCAGCCCCGGCUUCCUGGGCCUCAGUGACAAGCAGAAGGUGGAGUGGAACUCAAGGACGGUGUCAACGUUUCACGCGCUGUUGGUGGGAAUCUUCUGUCUCCACAUCUUGUUGUUCGACGAUGCCGUCAAUGAAGACCCAGUCUGGGGAGACCCUACGCUGGUGAAGACUAAUGUUGCCAUCACAACAGGCUACCUCAUAUCUGAUCUGCUGCUAAUAUUUUACUAUUGGAAGGCGAUAGGCGACAAGUUUUUUGUAGUUCACCAUCUGGCAGCGUUGUAUGCUUACUACUAUGUACUGGGCCAAGGAAUGUUGCCUUAUUUUGCUAACUUCCGGCUGCUUGCUGAGUUUUCUACACCAUGUGUGAACCAGCGCUGGUUCUUUGAGGUACUAGGUUAUCCCAAGUCCUCCCGGCCCAACAUGGCGAAUGGCGUUGCCAUGGCAGUAGUCUUUUUCAUGGUCCGCAUUGCCGUCAUGCCAGUCUACUACAGCCGCAUGUAUGCGGUCUACGGCACUGAAGCCUUCUACCUGGUGCCCUGGGGCGGUCGUGUAGCCUGGAUCUGCUCCAGUAUCUGCUUGGACAUCAUGAACGUUAUGUGGAUGCAUAAGAUAGCCCGCGGCUGCUACAAAGUGCUGCGCUCGGCACGCCACAGCAAAGCCGGCGCACCUCAGGAGAAUGGGAAGGCGGAUUAAGGGAAGCGGGGUGCCAGUGGCGAGGAAACGCCACAACAGACAAAAUGACGUCACCCUCGGCGCAUCGGCGAGCAGCAGCGUGGACGCUUGCCCGUCACACCCGGGAGGAGUGAUGUCACAGGAGCGAAUGUAACGAGGGAAAGUUCUCGGAAAGCGGGCACAGUCACUGAGAUGUACAGAUGGACCGUGUAAUUGGCCAUCCCAAAGCCAUGAAAUGACCUCUUAGCAAUACUCUGUGUGCAUGGCCAAUUAUUUUUCUCUUGAACAAUUUACCACCACACAAAAGAGGUCGUCCUGGGACAAUGAACUGUCAGCCCCACCACAAAUUGUCAAAAAGUUUACCAUUCUUUACUUAGUGCUCAACGAAAGACUUUCAAAUGUUUUUAUUAUUAUUAUUAUUAUUAUUAUUACUGUUGCCUGAGUCCCAGGAUAAAAGUGAUGAGUCGAUGUUGAGCAAAGAUUUGAGGGGAACUUCAAAAACAUUCGGUACUUCCUCGUUCAUGGCCAGUGCCAUAAAGUCAUUGUCAGAUGCCUUUCACGGGCUAAAUUUGCAGGGACUUGACUGACUCAAGAAGGGAUUGCAUCGAGUGCAAGAGACAAAUAAGUGCGGAUAAAUCAUCACUCACCCACUGUCAUUCAGUGAAGAGGUUCAUUUAAAAAACCAGCCUUUUAAGACGUUUAUUGGAAUAUCGCGAGUCUUGGUUUCAUUUGCAUUUGAAUGGUUCAUUUAAACCAUGUAGUCAGUACACUGUAUGCCGUCUGUUUCUUUUGUCUUGCUGGCGUCAAGGCAAUUUUCAAAGAUACAAACAACAACGUUUUUAAUGAGCAGGAGGGCCGACUGAUGUGCAGAGUAUAGACUCGCAGAAAAAGGGAAACUGAAUGUCAUCACUGUGUUUGUACACUGACAUUAAACAUUAACAUUAAACAUUUAAAUGUGCUUGAUUCAGAAUCGGCAUCACUGGCGAACCUAAACAUCCCAGAGUACAGAGAAAGAGCAGCUGCUGCGGAGCGCUCGUGUAUACUGAGGGGGGUUGGCGGGAGAUUCUGGCGCUCUUGAAGUGUUUCCAGCAUCAGCUGUCGACCUUAGGUUUUUAGAAUACCCACACUUCCUAUUUAUGAAAUCUAUUCAGGCACAAACUGUUAAAGGAACCCCUGGGCAACAUUUGCUGCCUGCUGCUACGUGUGUUUUCCAUGAAGGAAUUGGAGAUUUCAGCCUUCAAAUUCAACUCAGUCCAUGAUUUGAGUCCAUUCUUUUGGAUUUGUUUCCGCAGAUUUGAGUUUUAUGUCAAAUCAAAGACAAUAGUCAGUGUUUCAGAUUCAGUUCUAUUUUGUAAUUGUUUUAGAGCAUUGUGAUACAAACAGCUUCUGCCUCAUAUUGCAUAUGAUUUCCGAUCAGAUGUUAAACACAGUGAGCACUGCCCUAUUUAUUCAUCGGAUCGAUUCAAGGAUUGCGUUGUUGUUUUUUUUCACUGGACAUCCUGAAGAUUCACGUCAUAGCUGUUUCCUUAAGCGUCGCUCUGCUGACGCGCUGUUUUUAAGACAAACGUGUCAUUUGGUCAAAUUGAAAGUUAAUCCGUCGGUGAUUUCUCGGACGUGCACUUGAAUUUUCAUUGUAAAUGUAUCUUUUGAGCUGUACAUCGAAAGCUUCUGUCAAAUGUUUUGUGAAGCAGGAACGGGGGUCGCGAGCUCUGAAAGUACGCCUUGCCAUGUUCAGCAUUUGAUUUUGUUGCCUUUUUAAAAACUACUUCUGAUUGCACAGUGAAUAUUUUAUUACGACUCCUCACGACAUGUUUUACUCGUGUGUUUUCCAUGUAUGAUGCCUGUCUAACGUGAUUGUUCGGCCUUUGUAAUAGAUCUGUUUCAAAUGUAAAACCCAAGAGGCUUGUUCAUGCUGGUUGUUUUAGUGCUUUUGUUUUGUUAUGGUUUUAAAAUUCCGGAGAUUUAUGUAUUUGUGCCACUGCUUAAGCCAUUACUAGUACUUAGUGAAGACUUUUUUUUUUAAAUUUUCUAGUCCAUCAGCAUUUGCAUACAACAGUGCCAACUCGCAAACCGUGACUUGAUGGUUCAGAUCAGUUCCGUUCACAGAGCCGCUGACGAGGCUCGGUUUAGUUUUGGCGUGGCGGAGGCAGUACAAAAGACUUCUUUCUGUUACGCCAUCGAUCACAGGGUGGACUUGACAGCUGAUUAUGGGUGGGCGUCAUCUCCAUCACAUGUGGAUAUCACUGUCUCACAUCUUAGAACAGAGUCAGGAUGUGGUGGUUGUCAAUAUUUCGCUGGAAUGAAACGGCAGCAGCAGGCCCCUUCUGGCUCUGUGGGCAAGGUCAUGCAUGGUCAAUAUGGUCUUCUUCUUCAUGCACCCUCUAUAACUGCAUGCGGUAUUGCAUGGGGAUUGCACUGUAAACAAAAUAGCAUAUACAUUUGCAAGACAAAUUUUGUUGUUUGUUUUCCUUUUUCUUAGUACAUGUACAUAUAAUGUUUACUUAAACGUUAUUCUUGUACUGUGCCCACAUAAUGUAAUCCACAGAUGAUGAUGAUGAUGAUGUGACGAGAACAUCGUAAAGCAGAUAUUUAGUUUAAUAUCCAGCACAGAAAUAAUCGGUAAGGGAAUACUUGAAUACUAAUCAGCACAGUUUAUAACAAUCUGGGCAGUGCAAAUAAACAUUAAUCCUAUGAGCAUCCUGCAUUAUGUGCGUACCAUUUGUUUUAUUUAUUAAUCCAAGAGAUGUAGGCAUGAAGCAAAGCAGAUGCUGCGGUAACAGAGAGAGCAUGGUGCUGCUGUCAGCUAGCUAAACAGGUGUUGUGUUUCUGUUCUGAAUGUUGAUCGGAGGGGAGCUGCGAGCAGGGUGGAGUGUUUAGUGACAUUCUAUGAAUGUAUUGGAGGAGAGAAAAUAUUUGUCAUUUACAUUUUCAUUUGUUCUUUACAAUAAAUACCAAAUUAACCGA